AUGGACGGAGAGGUCCCAGAGAUUUUGCCUGCAGAAUGCCCUGAUCCUGAGCCUGCAUCUCCAGAAAGUGGUGACGAGCCUCCUGAGCCUCUCAGCAGCAAGCUGCCAGUACCGUCCGGUGAGCUGAACCUGUACCGCGCCGCCGUCGCGCUCCGGCUCGUCCUCCUCGCCGCCUUCUUCCACUACCGCGUCACCCACCCGGUCGCCGACGCACGCGCGCUGUGGCUGACGUCCGUCGCGUGCGAGAUCUGGCUCGCCGUGUCAUGGCUGGUCGGCCAGCUCCUGAAGCUCUCCCCGGUCAACCGCGUCACCUACCUAGACAGGCUCGCGUCAAGGUCGUACCCUCUGCCCUUGCAGGUACGAGAAGGAAGGGAGGCGUCGCGGCUGGCGGGGGUGGACGUGUUCGUCACCGCGGCGGACGCGGGCAGGGAGCCCCCGCUGGCGACGGCGAACACCGUUCUGUCGGUGCUCGCGGCGGACUACCCGGCUGGCGGUGUCACCUGCUACGUCCACGACGACGGCGCCGACAUGCUGGUGUUCGAGUCCCUCUUCGAGGCGGCGGGCUUCGCGAGGCGGUGGAUCCCCUUCUGCCGCCGCCACGGCGUGGAGCCGAGGGCCCCCGAGCUCUACUUCGCCCGCGGCGUCGACUACCUCCGCGACAGGACCUCGCCGUCAUUCGUCAAGGACCGCCGCGCCAUGAAGGUACGCUACGAGGAGUUUAAGGUGAGGAUGAACCACCUCGCCGCGAGGGCGCGCAAGGUGCCGGAGGAAGGGUGGAUCAUGUCGGACGGCACGCCGUGGCCCGGGAACAACCCGCGUGAUCACCCUGCCAUGAUUCAGGUGCUUCUUGGUCAUCCUGGCGACCGCGACGUCGACGGCGGCGAGCUCCCGCGUCUCUUCUACGUGUCGCGGGAGAAGCGGCCGGGCUUCCAGCACCACGGCAAAGCCGGCGCCAUGAACGCGCUACUCCGGGUUUCUGCCGUGCUCACCAAUGGCGCCUACGUGCUCAACCUGGACUACGACCACUGCGUCAACAACAGCAGCAUGCUGAGGGAGGCAAUGUGCUUCUUCAUGGACUCGACGGCCGGGAACAGGACGUGCUUCGUCCAGUUCGCCCUGCGACACGGCGGCGCCGGCGAUGUAGACGACGACGACAACGGCAACUCCGUCUUCUUCGCUAUAGAGAUGAAAUGCCUCGAUGGCAUCCAGGGCCCGGUGUACGUCGGGUCCGGCUGCUGCUUCAGCCGGAAGGCGCUGUACGGGUUCGAGCCCGCGAUGGCUGACGACGGCCACGACAUGGAGACGGCGGCGAACUGGACGAUAUGCUGCUUGAGGAGGGGGAAGAGGACUGGCGCGACGAGGAGAUCCAGGUCCGCCGUGCCGUUGCUGGACUCGGAAGAGGACUCCGAUGAGCAGGAUGAGGAGGCGGAAAGGAGGAGGAGGAGGCUGCGUGCGUACCGCGCCGCGUUGGAGCGGCACUUCGGCCAGUCUCCGGCGUUCAUCGCGUCGGCGUUCGAGGAGCACGGACGGCGCGGCUGCGGCGGCGGCGGCGGCUCGCAGGACGCGGCCGUGGCAGGCGCUCUGCUCAAGGAGGCCAUCCAUGUCGUCAGCUGCGCGUACGAGGAGAGGACGAGAUGGGGCAAAGCGUUUGGGUGGAUUUACGAAGGCGGCGACGGCGCCGCCGCCGCCGGCAUGGCCACAGGGUUCAGGAUGCACACCCGUGGGUGGUCGUCGGCGUACUGCGCGCCGUCGCGGCCGGCGUUCAGGAGCUACGCGCGGGCCAGCCCAGCGGACGUCCUCGCCAAUCUGCUGGUGCCGCCGACGAGCGUGCUGGUGGCGAACCUCGCCGGCGUGGUGGUGGCGGUGUCGUACGGGGUGGACCACGGGUACCAGUCGUGGGGCCCGCUCGGAGCGAAGCUGGCGUUCACCGGGUGGGUGGUGGCGCACCUGCAGGGGUUCCUCCCGGGUCUCAUGGCGCGGCGGGACCGGGCGCCGGCCAUCGUCGUGAUCUGGUCGGUGCUCUUCGUUUCCGUGGUGUCGCUGCUCUGGAUCCACGUCGCGUCCUUCUCGGCGUCGCCGGCGCCGCCAACAACGCAGCAACCGAUCUUGUGAGGCAGAGUUACGAGGGAUUCAAUUACCCCUAUUUACCCCUAUUUAUAAAUUUAGAUGGAUUGUGUUUUGUU